UCCUAAAAUGUUCCGCAAAACGGAAAAAGAAAACAAAAACAUCAUGAGUCUGGAUUCUGGAACUCUGGCGGAAACAAAGCAGCGAAUUCUACUGCAGGUGUAUCAUAGAUAAUAGACUUUUUUGUUGGAGAUUUCCGCUAAAAAUCAUAGCGCAGCUUUGACUACCAACGCUAAUAAUCGAGGUUUGAUAUUAACUUUGGCAAGGAAGAUGGAGAGCCGCUGAAGUGCAGAUAUUCGCGUACACAGCACAUCCGCAAAUUGUGCAGCCGAAGGGAAAAAACCCAAUAGAUCUCCUUUCGUAUUUUGCCUGUUCUUCAACAACCGUAGACGGUCAAUGGUCCGUAGGAUAGUGAAUUCGUGGCAAUAAGUAAUUGGCAAUUUGGCAUCCCCGGUCCAGUGUCCCGGUAAAACAGUAUCGCCACGCUGCUAGUAUUUUUUUGCAAAUCUUGCUACUCUGCAGCACAACAACGAUGCUUCCGCUGGCGCUCCUUCGCGGGGCUUUGAACCAUGCCGUGCUUGUGGAACUGAAAAACGGAGAAACUUAUAACGGGCAGUUGAUUAACGUCGACAACUGGAUGAAUAUCAACUUGAAAGACGCCAUUUGCACGUCUCGGGACGGUGAGCGCUUCUGGAAGAUGGACGAAUGUUAUGUGCGCGGAAGUUCGAUCAAGUUCCUGCGCGUGCCGGACGAAGUGGCCGACAUUGUUAAGACUGAGAUGAGUCGCAUGCGCAACCGUCCCGACAAUCGUCGUCCUGGCAGCGGAUUCUCUCCACGUGGACGUGGCGGCGGCCCACCCCGUGGUCGAGGCGGAAUGUAAAAUUAUAGAUUCGGAUUUUAACUCUUAGUUUUUCAUACGUUGAGCAUUCCAGAGUUAAGGCGGCCAGUUGGCGGCAGUCCUUGCCAAAGAUUGACCUUGUGUUCUUUCGUUAUUAGUGCGGCCUGGUUUCAGUGUAUGAGCGUUUGAUCAGGGCCAAGUUAAUGAUCUAUGUGAGAGUGGUUUUAUUUUUAGAUGGCAGAAGCGAACCGUAUGUUUUUGCUCUCCUUAUCUAUGAGCUGGCUCAAUUGGGCGCUACUUUUUGUUGGCACUUGUGGGAAUGUAUUUCUGCCGCCGGAAAGUGUACCCGACUGAUUAAGAUGAAUAAGUUAUGACAGUAUUAAAAUAAAGUCGACAGGAGAAAAAAUUCAAUAAAUU